AUGGACAUACUGCCCAGCUUCUCCCAUGACCUGCCAAAGGUGAAGACAGAGUUUGAGCAAAAGGUGUUCGUCAACAGAAGCCUGACGCUGGAAAGCAUCAAAUGCUACGGCUUCGACAUGGACUACACGCUGGCAGUGUAUAAGUCUCCUGACUACGAGAGCAUGGGCUUUGAGCUGCUGAGGGACAGAGUGGUGUCCAUUGGGUACCCUCACGAGCUUCUGCGCUACACAUAUGACCCCAGCUUCCCCACGCGUGGUUUAGUGGUUGACACCAAAUAUGGAAAUCUCCUGAAAGUGGAUUCUAAUGGCAACGUUUUGGUUUGCACUCAUGGGUUCCGCUUUCUCAAAGGGGAAGACAUCCAAAACUACUACCCCAACAGGUUCAUCCAAAGAGACGACACCGACCGUUUUUACAUUCUCAACACUCUCUUCAAUCUCUCAGAGACGUACCUCUAUGCCUGCCUGGUGGAUUUCUUCACCAGAUGCACCAGAUACACAAAUUCUGUUGUGUUUAAAGUCAUAAACUUCUCCUCCUCCCCACCUCUGCUGUUCUGCCCUCCCAGCCUCCUCAAAGGUUUCCAGCACGGUGACUUGUUAAUGUCCUACAGAAGCAUGUUCCAGGACGUUCGAGAUGCGAUGGACUACAUUCACGACACGGGGAUCCUGAAAGAUCGAACCAUCAAGAAUUUGGAGAAAUACGUCAUCAGAGAUGUGCUGACGGUGGAUGAGUGUUUGUUUCCACAGCCAAACAUCCCCGUGCUCUUGACCCGGAUUAAAGAGGUAGCCAAGGUCUUCCUGGCCACCAACAGUGACUACACCUAUACAGAGGCCAUCAUGACAUACCUGCUUGAGAGCCAGACCAAGCCCGGACUUCCAAAAAUCUCCUGGCGCACCUAUUUCGAUCUUGUUGUCGUGGACACCAGGAAGCCGCUGUUCUUUGCAGACGGGACCGUUUUGAGACAAGUGGACACGAACACAGGAAAACUGCGCAUCGGGACUUACACGGGAGACCUGCAGCAUGGAACAGUGUACUCUGGAGGAUCUUCAGACAUCGUCUGCGACCUGCUGGAUGUCAAAGGUAAGGACAUCCUCUACGUGGGAGAUCACAUCUUCGGCGACAUCCUGAAAUCUAAGAAACGCCAGGGCUGGAAGACUUUCCUGGUUGUUCCGGAGCUCACCAAGGAGCUGCAAGUCUGGGAGGAAAAGAGAAAUCUUUUUGAGGAGCUGAAACGGCUCGACGUCUUCUUAGCUGAACUUUACAAGCACCUGGACAGCGGCAGCAAGGAGUGUCCCGACAUCAGUGCCAUUCAAACCAGGAUGAAGGUGCUGACCCACAGGAUGGACAUGUCCUACGGUCAGAUGGGCAGCCUCCUGCGCACCGGCUCCACGCAGACUCUCUUCGCCAGCCAACUGAUCCGUUACGCAGACCUGUACUCCUCCACCUGCAUCAACCUGCUGAACUACCCUUUCAAUUACCUCUUCAUGGCUCCGCCCGUCCUGAUGCCCCACGAGGCAGCUUCUCAGAACUCAGCUGAAGUUGCUUCAACAGAUAUGAGCAACCACACCAUCACGACCAGCAGAAACUGA